AUGUCUCCUGCUUUCACUCUUUACGGCGCCCGCAGCUCGACAAACACGGACCGUGUCCGCCUGACUCUCGCCGAGGCUGGCUUCACCGACUACGAACUCGUGCUCGUCAACUUGCAACAGGGGGAACAAAAGUCUGCAGAGAAUAUGAAGCGUCACCCGUGGGGCAAGGUUCCCGUCGUCACAUUCCCCGACGGCUUCAGCCUCUACGAGAGCCGUGCAAUCUGCAAGUACCUCGCCACCAAGUACUCUUUCCCGCUUCUGCCCCGGGGCUCGGACGCCGAGGCCGCGGCGCUGUUUGAUCAGGCCCAGUCAGAGGAGAUGCUCUACUUCGCAGACCCCGCGGGCAAGAUUGCCUUUGAGAAGUUUGCUAAGAGGUUUAUGGGGCUACCCGCCGACGAGGCCGUUGUGUCGGGCGCGCUGCGGUCCCUCGAGGCCUUCUUCGACGUUGCCGAGCGAACCCUGGAGCAGAGGGACUACAUGGCUGGGAAUGACUUCACGCUUGUCGAUAUCCACUACAUCCCGCUGAUACAAAGGUUAUUUGCCUGCGGAUAUGGGGAAAUUGUCCUCGGCCGCAAAGCUGUGGCUUCCUGGUGGGAUCGCAUCGUUAGUAGGCCCGCCAUUGAGAAGCUGUUGGCUGCUGACCAGGAGGCUGCCGCUGCCGCUAAAAGAUAG